AUGGCCGACCCAGAGCUGCAAUGCGCCGAAUCGUCGAGCAGCAGCGACGACGACAGCGACAACGACACGGCCAGCCUGAACGCCGCCCGCUUCAACCCCAACAAUGCCGUCUUCUUCCACGGUGCCGGGCAGAGGCGACGUGCCACAGCUGGGCCGCGCCCAAAGCGUAGCCAAUGCGAUACGCGCCGGGAUGUGACGAGUCUGAGGAUCGAGCACGAUGGAUCCAGCCCGUCCACGUCGGCGGUCGGCUCGGCGCGACAAUGCGACACGCGGCGCAACGUGGCGAGCAUUCGGGUGAGCCGCAGCUCGAGCGUUUCCAGCUCCACGUCGUCAAUCUCGACCGUCCCGUCGUCCCCUCGAGUGUCGUCGAGCGCGACGGCAGUCGUCAACUUCAUGCAGCACCAGCCGGUCAUGCCGCAAAUGACCAUCUUUGAUCUGCCCGAGGUUCUCCUAAACAUGGCCUACAGCGGCGGCUUCAUCAACAGGGCCGUGGACGAAACGACGGCUAGCGGCUCGAACAGGCCAACCGAAUCGCCCUCAUUUGAU